AUGCCGCCGAAGUACAAGUUCAGGGUUACCACGGCCCGCGCCGCGCACAAAUUUAAGAAGCGUGGCCCAACUGCUUCAGCGCAGCGCAGUUCGAUGCGCCGGGCUAUCGAGGAGAGCUUGCGCAUCGCCGGUCCGGACGUCAGUCUGCCCUGCGACUCGCCGUCUGUUCGAACCGAGGCUUCUACGUCGUCUAUCUCUGAAGAUUCCAAUGUUGGAUCGCAACCACCAUCGUCACCUUCCUUCUCAUCGCAACCAUCGACGCCGUCUUCAUUAACAUCAUUCUCUGGCCCUUUCACACCCGCUUCCUCCAUCUCAUCCGCAGCAAGCUCGCCUGCCUCACAGGCCCCGAGUACGCCACUCCAGACGAGCCAAAGACGCCAAUCUACCGCACUUUUAACCUUCCAGGCGCCGAGUACGCCCCUCCAGGCAAGCCAAAGACGCCAACCCAUCACACCUUCGACUUCUAGCUCGACGGAUGAUAGCGAAGCCGGCGACAAUCACUCCAACGGCGUCCCAGCGCUGCGCAAGGGCUGGUACCAAGUCAGAGAGAUUGUCUCGGAGGCGCGCAGGGCAGGGAAGCUCACCUACCUCGUUGAGUGGGAGGGUGUCAAUCCGAAGACCGGUGUCAUGUGGCCUGCUUCUUGGAUCAACGCCAAGAACGUGUCUGCUUCUGCAGUUCAGGCGUGGGGGGAGACGAAGGAAGCAAUGAAGGCGUGA